UGUGUGAGAGAGAAUCUUACCUCCUGUCUCUCCCUCACCAGAUGGCACGGUUCUCACCCUUGACCCCAAAACGGCCCACAAGCGCAUCUCCCUCACAGAGAACAUGACCAUGGCCUCUGUGUCCAACGAGCCCACCCCUUACCCCGAUGGCCCCGCCCGCUUCUCCGUCUGCAGCCAGGUGCUCACCUCCAAGGGCUUCUCCCGCGGCCGCCACUACUGGGAGGUCAAGAUGAGCAGCAACAACUUCACCGGCAUCGGCCUGGCCUACAACAGCAUCGACCGGAAGGGUCCGGCUAGCCGGCUGGGGCGUAACGCCCAGUCCUGGUGCGUGGAGUGGUUCAACGUCAAGCUGUCGGCCUGGCACGCUAGCAGUGAGACUGUACUGCCGAACCCGAAUCCGACCCGUGUCGGCGUGCUGCUAGAUUGUGAGGAGGGAACGGCCACUUUCUAUAACGUACAGGACCGGGCAUACCCUUUCCAUACGUUUGUGUUCCAGUUCGCCGAGGCAGUGUACCCGGCGUUCUGGCUCUUCUCCAGCGGCUCGUCUGUUAGCCUGUGCAAGCUGCAGUCUUAAGAAGUUAACAAAACACACACACACACACACAUUCUUCCCCCUCACAAAUAAUUAGAAUCUACAGCAUCUGGGUCAAUAUAUUACUUAUUCAUACUGAUAUUGGGAACCUAUAUUGGAAAUGUAUCUUAAAGGUUAUUAUUUGGUUGUAGUCACUGACUCUAGUAACAGUGCAGUGUAGGUCAUAUCAUUUUGGACUUUGGUUUGUAACUACAGCAACCUCUAAACAGGCAGUGUUUGUUAAUCAGUAAGUAAUGAAAACUAGGCACUUGCAUGCAGGUAAAGAAACAUUACAAAUGAUUAUACAAUAUUAUUGUAUUGUCAAAAGCAUGAUGACAUCCUUACUACUUUUGUUUUACUGCUGUUGUGAUGUCAGCAGCAUGCCGUAAAGGAAUUUAAGUUGAUUUAUUCCUUAAUGGUUACACUGACAUAGCUAGUUACAUUGGCUGGAUGGAAGGAAUUAUUUGACGUUGUGAUCAUUCAUGUCUGAUUCGCAAGUAGUUACGUCACGUGUUAUGGGCAAACAUGACUUACAAACAUAACUACUAAGUGGUAUUUGAACCAGGCGAAUUUGUUCUUUCUCCUGUUCUGCAGUCCUGGCUAAAUGUCUUGAGAUCAUUCAGUUUAUUUACAGACACAGUGAAGUGGUUUGUCGGUAGCUGUUUACAGCCUGUUUUAUCAGAGCUUAUGAUCUCUUGAUGGUGGUCUCGGUAGCACACAGUAGUCACACGUAAUAGACACAAAACAACAUGCAUAAACAUGUGUCUAACGUGUAUGUUAUAUACUGUAUAUGAACAGUACCACACCGUUCAGAAGGCCAUGGACUGGCACACCUAUGCAAGAGAGUGGAUGGCUUUUGCUGGUGUCAGGCAUUCUGCAUUAGGGAGUGUCAUAUACCCUAACCCUAACACCACUGGAUAUAGAGAAGCAAUGAAUAGAACAGAAAAGCAUCCACAUUAUGCUUGUUACCCCCAAAGGAAAAGUGGGUAUCGUUUCACUUAUUUCUUGAUCUACUACAUUUCGCUACAGGGGUUUCCGCAUGUUGCAGUUUGAGGAUGUGCUGAAAGCGCUUCCUGCCACUGCUACUAUAGUUUUGAUAGAACCUAGCCUCAUUGCCAGAUCUGCAUUUGGUUUAGAAUUACAGUGAACAGGUCAGAGGAGUUGGUUGAUCUGGCAACCAGGCUAGAUAGACCCAGCCUGGCCCAUAAGAACAGAAGCGGAGGUCAUUUAGGCCCUGUGAACUGGAGUUUUUCAGACUCUGUGGGUUUUGUAAAAAGGGAUGAUUUAGGGCUGGAGUUUUGCCUGUCCGUGUGACCAAAGGAAAAACUCUGGGCCCAAGUUAUAGCUAAUAUAACUGCAGCCCAUACCUAGGGCCUUCUCAUGUCCUAGAAGGGUACAUAUCUAUAGCACAGUGAUGUUGGUGUUAGUUUGGACAUUUGUGUCUGUGGGUGUCACUGUCUGUGAUGUGAGUGCAUGCUUCUCAUAAUUGAUGUCUCUGAGAUUGUUGAUUGGAUCUUUUCCGUUUAUGGAUAUACAGCCAUCGCUACAAUCGGAGAGCAAGUUGAGACUAGCAUGUGAUGGAUUCGUUUUGCUUUGCAAAAUGAAUAGUUGGUGUCAUUGCCUUCUCCCUCUAUAGAAACACUAGUUUUCCUGAUUUAUGGGAUUUCUACUGUUUAAUGGACUGAAGGCAAGCUGAUAUUUAAGGCAAAUAUUAAUUCAUUUUCUUGAUUUAAGCCAUUAUUGCCACUGGCUUUUUAAGAGCUCUCGAAAGGUUUGUCCAUUCCUUCAGUCUUAUUAGCACGGUUCUUAAUUCAUGUGCUAAUGGUGUACACUGUGUUGGUUUGGUUUACUGACUUUGUUUGAUUGAUUCUUGUGUUUAACUGAAACCAAGAUAUUUGAAAUUGUUUGUGUUUUUUAAAGGGUAAGGUGUUGAUUCUGUUUGUGUGUAAGGGGUUUAAUCUUGUUAAAGACAACUUGAGAAUGCCCCUCAUGAUUUACUAUUAUAAGCGAUCUGUGCCAAUAUAUUCCUCCAAAAAUGUACCUCAUACAAAUCUCUCUCGCUAUAUAUAUAUAUAUAGCAUUUGGUAAUCAUAUUACUUCAUACUGCUCAGGAGUAUUGACUUAUUGCAAGUGCACAGGAAGGAAAAGCAGUGAUAUUGCUUUCAUAUUAUAUACUUGCAAAACUAACAAUGAAAAAUACAAAUGUAUACUUAUUAGAAAACAAUGAAAUU